AUGGGGAAUGAGUUUGACCCUAAUAAGGAUAGUACAUAUCUACAGUAUCUAGAUGCAAACAAUCUGUAUGGAUGGGCUAUGAGCAAGCCUCUAUCCACAAGUGGUUUAGAGUGGAUGAGUGAAAGCGAACUCGAGGAUUGUAAACAGGAGCCAUGCAUCCUCGAAGUAGAUUUAGAGUAUCCCGAAGACUUACAUGAUUUGCAUAACGACUACCCUCUAGCCCCAGAACGAGUCAAUGUAAAUAAGGUUGAAAAACUUAUCCCUUAUCUCAAUAACAAAACUAUAUACGUAGUAUAUUACGAAAAUCUUAAUCUCUAUGAAAGCAUGGGUUUGAAAAUAACAAAGAUCCAUAGAGGUAUCAAAUUUAUUGAAAGUACUUGGCUCAAAAAGUACAUUGAUCUCAACACAUCUCUUCGAGCUAAAGCAAACAAUGACUUUGAAAAGGACUUUUUUAAGCUCAUGAACAAUUCUGUCUUUGGAAAGACUAUGGAAAAUAUCCGAAACAGGGUUGACAUUAGGUUAGUCAACAACGAGACAAAGGCUGUAAAAUUAUCUGCAAAGCCAAACUACAAACAUUGUACCAUAUUUGACGAAGAUCUCGUAGCGGUACAUAUGAAAAAGACCAAGAUUAGGUUUGACAAGCCGGUUUACUUGGGGAUGUGUAGUCUUGACCUGAGCAAAACCUUGAUGUAUGAAUUUCACUACUACUAUAUCAAACCUAACUACAUUUUGGACGCUUAUGGCACGUCCGGCGCUAAGCUUUUGUUUACUGACACUGACAGUUUAGCAUAUGAGAUUAAAACUGAGGACUUUUACGCGGAUAUAAAUGAAAAUGUAGAACAAAUGUUUGAUACCAGCAACUUCCCAGCGGAUCAUCCAUCUGGUAUCAAGUCUGGCGUGAACAAAAAGGUUGUAGGAAUGUUUAAGGAUGAAUGUGGUGGAAAGAUUAUGCAUGAGUUUGUAGGACUAAGAGCUAAGCUUUACAGUUAA